CAAUGUUUUUGCAAUGGAAUAGACUGCCGUAUUUAUAUAAGUUGAAUUUUCUCAGGAUUAGAGUAAGCAUUGACAAACUGUAAAUUGAAAAUGGAAGCUGGAUCAAGAAGCAAUUGAUUUAAUUAAUUGACAAAUGUAUUCAUAACAUAAUUAUUAAAUGAAAUCGUAUUUAUUUUGUAAAACUAGAUCUCUUCCUUGCGUAACAAGAUGUCUGAUUGGUUGCUACGACGUCACGUGGUAUUUCUCAGCGUCUAUAAAAGCCCUCCUCCCACCCACCCCAAACCCUUACACAUACAUAAAGUUAGGACAUUGCUCUAUGGUGAUAUUUUCACCUACCAGCUACUACGUUUAUAUCGAGGGUCUAUUGGUUUCCUAGGUGUUAUUUCGUUCGUCCACUCAAUAUACAUACAUAUAUAAAACAAAGUAGGGGAUAUUCCCAAAAAUUAUCCAAACUGUAACACUCUAAUAAUUUCAAGAUUUGUUUUACCAUUAACAUAACCAUAACUGCAUUGGAUUUCAUUGGUUUUAGCAACAUGAAAGAUGUUUUAAGUCCCAUAAUAAAUGUUUCUGAUCCAUGUUUCUGAUCCAUAAUAACUUGGCUACACUGUGUAUAAGCUGUAUACUUGUUAUAACAUGUUAAUGGAUUUGACAGUAUAUGUAACAUCGUAUGUGUAUUCGCGAAAUAAUUAAUGUUAUUGGCCAUCGUAACUUAUUUGGCAAUUAACUUCCAGAUUAGAUCAUUAUCUGCUGUAUGGUUUCUACAAAACUAUUUUCUUCCAGGUGUUUAUGCCACGACUAGGACGAAUGUGCAAAUAUCCAAUUAAUACUACUCAGUCGGGAAAGUUCAUCAAGGGAAAGAGUUUUGAAAACAGAAUCAGAUGGCUCCCUGCAGAAUCUAUUAUUGACGGGGUAUAUUCCCCCCAGAGUGACGUGUACAUGUGGGCCGUCAUGUGCUGGGAAGUACUCACUCUCCUACACCUGUGGGACAACAACCCAACUCGAAGUGAAGCGCUUUCAGUGCCUUUCUGUAUGGUCAACGAAGAUGAGGUUGUUUCCCGGAAACUCAGUGGAGAGUCUCUAGAUAGGCCAAUCUCGUGUCCUGAUUGGUUCUACAGUCUCUUACAACAGUGCUGGCAGCUAAACAGAUCCGACAGGCCAAACAUGGUGGAUAUAAUUAUGCGCAUGAAAGAAAAACUUUCAACAGUACCAAUGCAGCUAGGUGGUGGUAAACCUCGUGUUGCUAUGAGACAAAAACCAGGCCGCCGUCAACGACCACGUGUUCGUCUGGAAGCCGUGAUGAGCGAGCACUGUGUGGCUAACAAAAGUCCUCCAGAUUCGGUGAGUGUUUACACUGCUAGCGGGUUUUUCUUCGCUAAACCAACUGUACGAGGCCAGCCGACUGAAGUGGAUAAGGAAAGGGAACCUCCAGCAUGUAGAUUUCGAAACUUGGACUAUGGGAUAGCAAACGGUAGUGACCUGUCGUCUUGUUCAUUGCAAGACAUUCAAAAAAGAUUUUCAGCUUUACCCAACUGCUAUGCUCCAAUGUCAUCUAGUUUUCAGUCUUUGACUGAAGAACCGUGCCUGCAAUACAGUCACAUGCCAUAUACUUCUGAAGGUAACAUAGAGUCUCGAGAACAACCUCCCCGUUAUCAUAAUAUGAAAAACCGUGUAUUUGACUGGUUCAAGAAGACUUCCGAAGAGUGUGAAGAUGAAGGAUACCUGACUGCAUUGCACUAUCAAACGGUAGAUAGACAUAGACAUGAAGACUCUGAUCAGGAAGAACUUUACAUGACUUUAAGGUAGCUUCGUGACCCUCGCCCUAUCUGGAGUACUUUGCAACUAUUCGUGCCCACUGGACAGAAGUAGCCAGCUUUUGCACGGUGCUAGGUAAAUCUGUCUAGUAUCGGGGUGCUAGACGAUUUCUACAUACGCGUGAUGUCAUAACUCAGGUUUUAUGACCAUUGACGUCACAAAUCAGGGUUUUCAAAAUUCUGUUUGCCAUUAAUAUUUAAACAAUUAAUAUUUUCAACUUUGUUAUAUUGUUACGUUGUUACAUUUUUAUGUCGUUGCAUAAGGUGGACAAUAUUUUCCCGCGUAUGAUUAAAUCAGUUUGUAGGUGAAAUGUUUAGGAAUUGUUCAACACUAAACAAACCGUACGUAGCUUACAAAAUUAAUGUUUUGUUACUGUAAUUAAAUGGCUAAGAUAAGGCAAUUCCAACCCUCGGUAAACCUCGGUCCUCACACACACAAAAAAACACAACCCAGUUUGUCCUUCGGGUUGGAAUUGCCUUAUCUAAUUGCCUAAUAUAUUCAAGAGUCAUACCGGGUAUAAUUGCACAUGUAAUAUAAUGUUUAGUGUCUGUUGUAUUUAAUCCAGAAGCAUUAGGUCAAACCUGGAAGAAAUUGAUAGCAAGCUGGAAUUUUUAGGAAGGUCUCCUAAGAGGAUGAUAAAACACGUUUCGAAAGUCCCGCCAUAUCCACGACGAGGUAAUUUGGGACUUCAAGAUGACGUCCAAGAUGACCGUCAUUAUCAAGUGUAUCAUAUUGUUGCAACCAGAGAGAGCAGAAAUGCAAAGAAAGUGUCUAAACAUAGGUUUGCAGACACAAGCAAUGCAAUUCAAUCAUUAUUUACAUGAUGUGAGAAACAGACAAUACAAAACAAUAAAAUGUUGGCCACUAAGACUAUCAAUAUAUACAAUACAAACACACGCUUUACGAUGUUUGUGACUUUCAGAUUGUUACCAAUUGUGUUUAGGUUUCACUAUUUUAAGCUACUCUCCUGGACUAUUAGUGUUUGUUUGGGGUUUUUCUCUCUUUUUUGUGCAUUUUAAUAUAAUUAGUGUAAUCGAUUAUAUUACUGAUGAGAUAGUUGCAGAGAUAGUUAAUUCAGAUGUGGGCCAAAAUAAAUAUGGUUUCAAACGUUUAAUUUAGAUGAUGCAAAGAUACUGAUUAACGUAUUGCUAAUGGUAGACGUAUAACGUCGCUUCCCAAAAUGACGUCAUUCAUUGUACACUAGAAAUCAUGAUACACGUGUGUCAUACUGGUUAUAUUUCCCUCUAUAUCUUGAACCAUGUGGAUAAUAAUGAAUGAAUUAAUGAAUGAAUGUUUCACGAUACCCCUGCACGAAAUAUACAUCGGCUAUUGGGUGUCAAA